CCGAGCAAGGUUUCGAUUCUCGCAGCCACCCCACCGGCUACACUGCGGGAGUGGACAGGGGUUGCCACAGCGAAUGGCGAGUGAGACAGCCUGCAUGCCGGAGCCCGUCCAGGCCAACGGGGCUUGCCGCUGGCGCUGCCCUGAGCACAGCGAACGCCCGGCUGAGCUCUUCUGUCGCCGCUGCAGCCGUUGCGUGUGCGCGCUGUGCCCGGUGCUGGGUGCCCACCGCGGCCACCCGGUGGGCCUGGCCCAGGAGGAGGCUGCGAGCGUGCAGAAACUCUUCCAGGAGUGUUUAGAGUGUUUGGCGACCAAGAAGCGGCAACACGCUGACAACAUAGCCCACUUGGAAGACGCCGGGGAAAAGCUCAAGGUUUAUGCAGACUCAAGUAAAGCCUGGCUGACACAGAAAUUUACCGAACUCAGAUUACUCCUUGAUGAAGAGGAAAUACUUGCCAAACAAUUCAUCGAUAAGAACACAGAGCUCACCCUCCAGGUGUACAGCGAGCAAGCCGAGUCUUGCAGGAAGCAAAUUGAGGUCAUGGAUGAUUUCUACACCAGGGUGUGGGUCAUGAGCCUGGAGCCCAACCCCGUUCAGCUGCUGCAGGCAUAUGUAGCCACUAAGUCAGAGAUGGGACAGCAGAUGAGCCCCUCGGAGCUGAGCCACCCUGUGCCCCUGUCCUUCGAGCCCGUCAAGAACUUCUUUAAGGAGUUUAUGGAAGCCAUUCGGGACACUUUACAGACACCAGUGGACACUCGCCUGAAGGAAAACAUGAACUGCCAACUCUUGGGAUCCUCCGGCACCAAGCCAGGCACCCUGUUGAAAAUCAGCCCUUCUCCAGAGAGAUCACUCUUCCUGAAAUGUAAGACCGGGAGUGGGGGAGGGAGGCUGGUGAGGAGCAAAGGGCCGCGCCCCGCGCCCCGGUUCGACACUCUGCGUCAGGUGCUGGGCCGCGACGGCUUCGCAGCCGGCCGCCACUACUGGGAGGUGGACGUGCAGGAGGCAGGCGUGGGCUGGUGGGUGGGCGCGGCCUACCCGUCCCUGCGGCGCCGCGGGUCCUCGGCUGCCUCCCGCCUGGGCUGCAACCGCGAGUCGUGGUGCGUGAAGCGCUACGACCUCGAGUACUGGGCUUUCCACGAUUGCCAGCGAAACCGCCUGCGGCCCCGUCGCGAUCCCCACCGGAUCGGCAUCUUCCUGGACUACGAAGCUGGCGUCCUGGCCUUCUACGACGUGGGCGGUGGCAUGAGCCACUUGCACACCUUCCACGCCACCUUCCAGGAACCGCUCUACCCGGCCCUGCGCCUCUGGGAGGGGGCCAUCAGCAUCCCCCGGUUGCCCUAGGCGACCAUGCUUCCUUUUCUAGGUUGAUCUAAGGGCUCUGCCCACGCAACCCCGGCGCUACCUGUGUCUGGGACACCAUCAUGCAGCGCCUAGAACCUCCUGGCACACAGCAGGCACACAGUAAUUUUCAUUGAAAGAGUCCCGGCGGAGGCUCUGCACCUCCUUAAAGGUCUCCAUUGGAGUCAACUGCUCUCCAGCCACUUCAGUUUGUCCCGGCCACCUUGAGCCAGAGAACCCGAGAAGGUUCCCAGUCUCCUGCUCCUCUUGCAUCUUCAUCUUCUACACUGAAACCAGGGUGAACGACUUGAAACCUAGCUCCGCCUCUUGAGGUUAGAAGGGGGUUCUCAAAAAGGCACAGAAAAAACAGGAAAGCCUUCUUAGCGUCCCGACUUUUCUGGCCUGCUCUUUGACGGCCUACCCUCACCCAGGUGCUGAAAGUCUUCUGUUCACACAUUCUUCAGGCAGAAGCUAAUUCACAGUUUUGCCUCUUUAAACGGUUGUGCGUUCCAGCAUAAAUAGGAAAACCAUCUCUUCGCCUGUCUCACUUAUCGGACUUAUCUGCUCAAGAAGCACCCCCCUAAAAAAAAUUUGAGGCUUACAAAUAUAGGACCUGUCAUUCCAGCUGCUUUCUAAGGACAUUUGCGUCCCUUUCCUUCCCCCCCCCCCCACCAAAAAUGGUUCAGAAAGACCCCUUCCAGGCGAUGAAUGAGUGAUCAGUUGGCUGCUACUCACAGAAGGGAAAACUACCGAGGAUGGCUCCAAGGUGGAUUUGACGGGACAUAGCUAAUAUGGGAGCCGUACUCUUGAUGCUACAUCUUCUUCAUCCACAAAAGACCAAGAGCUUUUCCCACACGCACCACUGCAGGGGCCAAGCCAGGCAUCUCUUAACAAUCGUACCAGGCGUUAUCACACGUAGUUGUCCACUGCACACCUUACAUCCCUCCAAAGUGGGGACAUGAGCCCAUCGUUCACGCAGCAGAAUUGGUACACUUGAGUCAGGUGACUGGCCCAAGAUAACGGAACCAGUUGCAGUCCGGGUCUGUGCUCCCAGCAGGUGGUGCUGUGGACACGACAGCCCGGCUCCCUGUUGGCAGUGACCACCUCAGCUUUUCCCACCUGCCUCCUUGGGCCGCAUCUGCCUCUAGAUUACCUCCGCUGGUCUCUGAGACAGGUUUCCUACCCUUCACAGUGUGGGGUGGGACUGUUCUGAGUAUAAAGCAGGAAAAUUGGUCUGGGCCAAGGUUUGUGCUGACCGGAAGCCUAGUUUCCCAGCUGUGUGGUCUUGUUAAAUGACACUUUUCUAUUCGUGGCCCCCAUCUGUGAAGUGCGGGUCAGUGCCAGAAGACUCAAGCGAGCCAAAGCUAGUGAAAUUGCCUUAAUAACUACUUUGUAUCGGGUUAGGAUCUAACAUCUCCAACAGAUUCUCCCCUGUACCUUGUCAAAUUGUGGGACCAUGGAUGCCCAGCAGGUGGGUGGCAGCCGCCGGGGCUGCCCUAAUACUCUCAGGGCAGUUUCCUUGGGAUCCAUGUUCUUUAAGGUAGAAGGCAUCUGUCUUGAUGCUCUUGGUUUUGUAGAAUUUACCUCAAAGGUAAACCACAAAUUAUUUUCCCAUGGUGCAUGGGCUAGAACCAGUGGCCUUUGCGCAUCCCAGGUGUGUGCUCCACAGAGCUACACUCUGGCCCCAGCGGGUGUUUGUUUCAUAAGAAAAAGGUUUAGUCCAGGCCAACCCCGUGGGAAAUGGAGGACAGACACCUCUGUCUCAAAUGUCCAGCUUCAAGGGCCAGACUGUGGGACAUAAGAUUCCUGAGACUGGGCUCAGCAGGGACUGAUUCUUCAGAGAGUUCUCAGACCUGGGGCCAGCUGCUGUGAUUUCUGGGCACUAGCUCCCAGAAAGGCCUGUGUAUCAUUUCCUUUGAGCACAUGGUUUCAGUCCGUGUUGGCUAGUGACAGCCAUAUUUUUAAAUGACAAGUUCUCUAAUAAUAUGCAUUGUGUAAUAAAAUACGAAUGCUCUCCCGUGUAA